AUGAACGUCGGCCGCCCGCUCGCGAAUUCGAUGCGGAAAAAAAUCUCCGACGCGUUGAAACCAUCCGUUCUCGAAAUCGUCGACGAGUCUUGGCAGCACGCCGGACACAGCGGGAACCCAUCCGGCGACGCGUCCGCGGAAACGCACUUUAACGUCGAGAUCGUUUCGGAAAUGUUUGAAGGUUUGAAUCAAGUGAAAAGGCAACGGAAAGUGUACCAAUUGUUGGAGGAGGAAUUCAACGAGAAAGGGUUGCACGCGUUGCAGAUGAAGACGAAAACGCCCGAGGAGUACGAACUCUCCGCGAAGAAGUAA